UUGACUUUGAGUCUUACUCCUGGUCCAUCGAAGCCCAACGAUGUCAAGUCUUUUAUCAAGCCGUAUAUCGAUCAAAUCAACUUGCUUUCACACAAUGGUAUGGUCGUGAAAAAAAAAGGUGAGACUGUCUAUCAAAGCAGAGUAUAUUUGAAUGGUGUUGACUGUGAUUUGGUGAAGCUUGCUGAACUAACCAAGACCCAUUAUGCUGCUGAAUUGGGAUGUAACUUCUGUGAUGUGUGUGGUGUCCAUGCUGAGAGCAACUCGAAUGGUAUGUACUUUUUGGAAAAACGCCAGCUUAAAACAAAGGAUGAUAUGAUUCAUGGUAACGAAGCUAAUGGUACUACUGCUAUUUCUCCUCUUUUCACUCGUUUACCUACUUUUACCGCUGUUGACUUUUUUUUAUACAAUGAGCUGCAUGGUAUUGCCCGUGAUGUAUCUAUUCUUUACUUGUACAUGUUGUCGCCACAGAAAAAUCAGUCUUACAUUGUUGAUCCAAGUAACUACUCCUUC